AUAAAAUCCAGAACUCGCAAAAUAUUUGUAUGAUGUUAAGAGAGAGGAAAUAUAACAAUAAUAAUAAAAACAAUAUGUCCCAGGGCAUAGACGAUAAAAUACUGUAAUUGAUUUUCGAAACCCCUCAGUAAGCAUUCAUAGUCUGUUUCGUUAUCGACACUAACAAUUCAUUAUGUGGUCGAUGCAGGACUGGGUAUUUAAUUAAUGAAAUUCACUCAAUUGACGUCUCCUCAUUACGUCCUUUUCCACUAAUUUAUUACAUUUCUCGAUGGGGCUUCGUUUGUACUGUAAAAUUAGAAACUAAAAAAAAACAGCAGUUGCAAAAAUGAAAGCUACCGUAACAGUUCUAUUUUCUCUUAUAAUCAUCCCGAGUGUGGUUUACGCUGCACAAUUUAGAGUAACAUCGCAUGUGUAUUUUGAUGUGACACAUGGAAAGAAGGACAUCGGUAGAAUCAUCAUUGGAUUAUUUGGAGAUGAUGCACCAAAAACUAUAGAAAAUUUUCGACACAUUUGUACUAAGGGAAUUGAUGGACUAUCUUACAAUGGAACGCGUUUUCAUCGUGUGAUUUUUAAAUUUAUGAUUCAAGGCGGAGAUAUAUUAAAGGGAGAUGGAGCCGGUUCGAUGUCAAUUUAUGGAAAAUAUUUUGAGGAUGAAAAUUUGACGAUAAAUCACACUGCUCCGGGAUUUUUGGGUAUGGCAAAUCAUGGACCGGAUACAAAUGGCUGUCAAUUUUAUAUCACAACGGUUCCUGCUCCAUGGCUUAACGGAAAACAUACAGUAUUUGGAAAAGUUAUUGGCGGACAAGAAUGGAUACACGUCAUUGAACGAAUAAAGACAACAACUGAUGACGAACCAGUCGAGCCAAUCUUUCUUUCAUCUUGUGGUGAACUUGAGUUAUCUAAACCAUAUUGGACAUCUGACAAUCCAUAUGAUAUUUGGGGUUGGAUAAAAGCUUCCUCUAUUCCAUUGACAAUGUCAUUUACAAUCUUGACAAUUUUCCAAUAUUUUAUUAAGAAGCUGGAUAAAUAUUCUUAAAAAAGAAUACAAUUCUGACCUAUUUUUAUCCAUUUAUGUAUGUAAAUAGAAUAAAGAAGCCAUUCAUCUGUUCAUUGAUUUUCUAAGCAUAAUGUUUUGUUGAAAUUCGCCAUUAUGUUGUGAAACAGUUAAAAAUAAUAUAAGCUUAUUAUAUUUAUUGAUUACAUAAUCAACAUUAUGCAACUUUUGAUUUUAUCAUAAACUUUCAUAAAACAUUAGGUAUUUAAAAUU